AUGUCAACGCACUCUCUGCCAUUAGGUGGGAAUGGAGGAGAAUUCCAGGGGCCCUUAGAUGGCACCAAUUUGCCUGGGGAUACCUCCCUUGUUCUCACCUCGGAUCCCAAGCCCAGACUGCGCUGGACUGCUGAGCUCCAUGAAAGAUUUGAGGAUGCUGUCACUCAGCUUGGUGGCCCUGAUAAAGCAACACCAAAGAUGAUUAUGAGAACAAUGGGUGUAAAAGGCUUGACUUUGUAUCACCUCAAGUCACAUCUUCAGAAGUACCGUUUGGGCAAGCAAGCAAACAAGGAGGUAAAUGAUAACUUGAAAGAAGCAUCUUGCGUUGCUGAAAAUCAGGAUAUGGGUUCAUCCAUGUCAACUUCAUCAAGAAUGAUGUCACAAGAUAUAAACGAUGGGUACCAGGUUACUGAGGCUUUGCAAGUUCAGAUGGAAGUUCAAAUAAGACUGCAUGAGCAGCUGGAGGUUCAGCGUUGUCUCCAGCUCCGAAUUGAAGCACAAGCCAAGUAUCUUCAGUCAAUCCUCGAGAAAGCUUGUAAAGCUCUUGAUGAUCACGCUGUGGCCUCUGCUGGAUUAGAAGCUGCUGGGAAAGAGCUAUCAAAGCUGGCAAUCAAAGUUAAUGACUGCAAUGGCAUGACAGCAGUCGUCCCUCCUGUAUCAGAGGUUUUCAUGUUAACGGAGAAAAAAAUUGAUUCCAAUAUGCCUGCUCAACUAAGAGUCUUCUCUAAUGAUAGCAGUUUGAUCUCGAAUGGAUGUCCAGUUUCUCCUACAGUUUCCGGUUCACAGGGUGCUGAUGCUGCUGCACCGAGGAAAAGACCACGACCUAUGUUUAGUAAUGGGGAUGUGGUGCCUUUUGACAACAGCACAAGGCCGGUGGAAUGGUCUCUCACACUCAAAGCCAUGAAAGAUUCACAAGGGACAUCUGAGCUAUGCCCUAUUCUGAAGUCAUCCUCUAAUAAAGUAGGAGUUACAUUCUGCUGUCGUAGUUUGCCAAACAAUUACAAGAGACUAGAUGCCGAACUUGAAAGAAAAAUGAUGGAGAUUACGAGAAAUUCUCCAGGGAACAAUAAUUUCAGAUCAAUUGAUAACAUCAUCCUGAAAUUUCCUCAGAUCAGAGAGGGAUUGAAAGAGAUCAGAGGUGUAUUCGAAAAGUUUGUUUCAUGUCAUGAGGAGGAGAUCGACGAUCUUUUCCAUUACUGUGAAAUGAAUGAAAAUGAAGAAGAAAUGGACCUGGAUAGGAAUGGAAAAGUAAGCUUCAGGGAAUUUCUAUUUGUAUUCAUUAAAUGGGUCAGGAUCUACUCCGAUGAUGAUGGUCCUGAGAUACAAAAUUAA